AGCAGAACCUAAAAUUGUCUCGUCCCAAUUCCAUCUCCUCGUCGUUGUGGGAUGUUUUAGUCAUCUUUGGUCUUUUCACAAGUGGUUAAUGCGUCUGACCAAGGACUUGGGCAUGUUCUUCGUCUUCAAUUUGGACUCCUUCUGGAAUAGGCCUGGCUUCUUUCUGGAAGACGGAAUUCAUCUGGGUGAAAAUGGCACCCGGCUGUUGUCAUCAAACGUUGGAAACGUUCUUGGUCAACUAAAUUGAUGUGAGGACAAUAUUAGCAUUAAAUACCAGUCAGUUUUCACCAUCUCCUCUUUGGUCACUGUGAGAGUUCUACAUGUUGUAUCUGAAAGUGGUGACAUGCCGAAUGGUGCUCACCGGAGAAAUGUCAUUGCUAUUUCUCAUUUGUUUUCUUUUCCUAAUAGGUAUAAUCUAAUCCUUGAGUCUCCAGUUCUAAAAUCUCAAAAUAAUCUGACUUGUGCUGAAAAUCUGUGUCAUUUUUAAAUGCAGAAAAGUUUUGACAUUUCUACAUCUUAACAUUUGUAGUUUAUUACCUAAAAUGGAUCAUGUCAAGAUCUGGGCCUCUCAGGCAGACCCUGAUAUUUGUUAUUGUUUCUGAGACCUGGUUAACUGAUAAAACCCUGGACUCUGACGUUGCUAUGGAUGGAUCCAAUGUGUUUAGGGCUGGUAGGAAAGGCAACGGUGGUGGUGUUUCUAUGGAUGGUUCCAAUGUGUUUAGGGCUGGUAGGAAAGGCAACGGUGGUGGUGUUUCUAUGGAUGGUUACAAUGUGUUUAGGGCUGGUAGGAAAGGCAACGGUGGUGGUGUUUCUAUGGAUGGUUACAAUGUGUUUAGGGCUGGUAGGAAAGGCAACGGUGGUGGUGUUUCUAUGGAUGGUUACAAUGUGUUUAGGGUUGGUAGGAAAGGUAACGGUGGUGGUGUUUCUAUGGAUGGUUACAAUGUGUUUAGGGCUGGUAGGAAAGGCAACGGUGUUGGUGUUUCUAUGGAUGGUUACAAUGUGUUUAGGGCUGGUAGGAAAGGCAACGGUUGUGGUGUUUCUAUGGAUGGUUCCAAUGUGUUUAGGGGUGGUAGGAAAGGCAAUGGUGGUGGUGUUUCUAUGGAUGGUUCCAAUGUGUUUAGGGCUGGUAGGAAAGGUAACGGUGCUGGUGUUUCUAUGGAUGGUUACAAUGUGUUUAGGGCUGGUAGGAAAGGCAACGGUGCUGGUGUUUCUAUGGAUGGUUACAAUGUGUUUAGGGUUGGUAGGAAAGGUAACGGUGGUGGUGUUUCUAUGGAUGGUUACAAUGUGUUUAGGGCUGGUAGGAAAGGCAACGGUGUUGGUGUUUCUAUGGAUGGUUACAAUGUGUUUAGGGUUGGUAGGAAAGGCAACGGUGGUGGUGUUUCUAUGGAUGGUUACAAUGUGUUUAGGGCUGGUAGGAAAGGCAACGGUGGUGGUGUUUCUAUGGAUGGUUCCAAUGUGUUUAGGGGUGGUAGGAAAGGCAACGGUUGUGGUGUUUCUAUGGAUGGUUCCAAUGUGUUUAGGGGUGGUAGGAAAGGCAACGGUGGUGGUGUUUCUAUGGAUGGUUCCAAUGUGUUUAGGGCUGGUAGGAAAGGUAACGGUGCUGGUGUUUCUAUGGAUGGUUACAAUGUGUUUAGGGCUGGUAGGAAAGGCAACGGUGGUGGUGUUUCUAUGGAUGGUUACAAUGUGUUUAGGGUUGGUAGGAAAGGUAACGGUGGUGGUGUUUCUAUGGAUGGUUACAAUGUGUUUAGGGCUGGUAGGAAAGGUAACGGUGUUGGUGUUUCUAUGGAUGGUUACAAUGUGUUUAGGGCUGGUAGGAAAGGCAAUGGUGGUGGUGUUUCUAUGGAUGGUUCCAAUGUGUUUAGGGCUGGUAGGAAAGGCAACGGUGGUGGUGUUUCUAUGGAUGGUUACAAUGUGUUUAGGGUUGGUAGGAAAGGUAACGGUGGUGGUGUUUCUAUGGAUGGUUACAAUGUGUUUAGGGUUGGUAGGAAAGGUAACGGUGUUGGUGUUUCUAUGGAUGGUUACAAUGUGUUUAGGGCUGGUAGGAAAGGCAACGGUUGUGGUGUUUCUAUGGAUGGUUACAAUGUGUUUAGGGCUGGUAGGAAAGGCAAAGGUUGUGGUAUUGCUAUUUACACAAAUAAUCGUCUUUCUGUGUCUCUGUUGAAGGCUACCGACAGUCCUAAACUAUAUGAAUUGUUGACUUUAAAACUUCAGUUGGGUUCACACUCAAAAAUAACAGUUAUAGGAAUCCAUCAUCCACCCUUCGCAAAUAAGUGUGUACUAAACAAACUCACUGGGUUUAAUUGCCAUUUUUACUACCCCAGAGGUGUCGAUCGCUGGAGAUUUUAAUCUUGCAGGAUGCUGACUGUUUAAAUUAUUUUUGUUACUCAUGUAAAUUUGACCCAGCUGAUUAAAAAAAAACACUCGUCCAAACUUAAAGGACCCUAUGAAAUCACAUUGAAAAAUUCUCAAGAGAAAUAUGCUGGGAGUGGCUUAUUGCUUUGGGUAUUAGUGACCACUGUCCCGCGGUAUGUGUCAGGGAUAUACGGAAUGUAAAACAUUUCAAUGAAUAGGCAUUUAUUUUGGUGACUUUGAUUAUGUUGCACCUAUACCUGACCCAGAGUUGGCUCUGAACCACGUCUCAAAUGUUGCCGCUUGUAUUGUAGAAAAACACGCUUUAAAAAAAAAACGGAGAAUUUUUAAAAAUAGGUCUUGACCAUCUUUAAGCAUAUUACACAGUUUUGUAUUCCUGUUCGACCUCAGUGCAGCAGGCCCUUCGUGAACUUCAACAUGACUUUGAUUCAAUUCAGAAAUCACUUACAGAUCUUAAAAUUGUGUUAAAUACAAGUAAAACCAAGCUCAUGCUGUUCUCUAGGUCACGAAAUGUUGACCCCGAGGACCUGUAUAUCUGCUCUAUAAAUAGAGCCCAAAUUGAGCUGGUUUCUCAAUAUAAGUACCUGGAUCUCUGGAUUACAAGUUGUCCUUCGUAACGCAUAUAAAAAAAUCUGACUCAGAACCAAGAUCAUUUUUUUAAUAUCAAAUAAAAUCAUGCCUCCGUAUUGAAAAUAGGAGAAAUAUUUUUUCAAACAACGCUUCUCCCUGUACUGGAUUUGGGUGGAUAUUGUUUACAUGCAUGCGGCACAACCUGUUUUAAAACCCUUGGACACAGUCUACCGUUCAGCAAUACGUUUUAGCACAGCGGACAGUUUUAGGACUCAUCAUUGUAGUCUGUGUAAAAAUGUGGGAUGGACCUCUCUGUCUGUAAGAAGAGAGCUGCGUUCUCUUUUAUUCAUUUACAAAGCAAUCUGACAGAAACUCCCUUCACAAGUAACUUCAUUAACUAAGUGAGGAAUCAUAAGUUCCCAAACCUGUUCUCUGGAAUUGAUAACAAUAGAGACCCCUUCAGUCUCCACAGAUUUGGAAAUAUCUGUGUUGUUUUUUUUGUUGUCCCAGAUUUCACUGCAGUUAAUGAACUGUGUGCUGAUGCCACUCAGGCAGUUUAAAUAAGUGUUGAUGAAUCUCUAUUUGAAUGCUUUUAUUAAAUACGUUUAUUUUGGUUUUGUUGUGUGUGAAUUAAAUUGUUUUAUACACAUAUACAGUG